AUGGAUCCCUACUCUGCCGAAGGCGAAUUGAUCAACAUUCACAACCACUUCCACCAGGGUCAGUACCAGGAGGUCAUUGACUACGACACAUCUGCCCUGUCACCCGAGAAUGAGCUUCCCGCCCGAAUCCUAGUCCUCCGCGCUCGCAUCGCUCUGGGUCAAGCCGAAGACGUCCUCGCCGACGUGCAGGGAGAGAAGGAGCCCGAGUUGGUGGCCAUUGGCGCCCUGGCCGAAAGCGCGCUCGGCAAGACGGAUUCUGCAGUAAAGACGAUCGAGACGCUCGCAGCGUCCGAAGGAGAGAACACCACAGUUCAGAUUGUUGGAGGCACCGUCCUGCAGGCUGCAGGAAAGUCAGAGGAGGCGCUGGCGCUGUUGUCUCAGCACCAGGGCAGCCUUGAUGCCGUCGCCUUGAUUGUCCAAAUUCACCUUCAGCAGAACCGGAACGAUCUUGCUCUGAAGGAAGUCACCGCAGCCAGGAGAUGGGCCCAGGACAGCUUGCUGGUCAACUUGGCUGAGUCGUGGGUUGGCCUGCGACAGGGCGGAGACAAGUACCAACAGGCAUUCUACGUGUUCGAGGAGCUCGCGCAGGCGCCAGCAACCUCGUCGAUUACGACGUUGGUUUCUCAGGCUGUUGCAGAGCUGCACCUCGGACGAACAGAGGAGGCGCAGGCUGCUCUGGACCAGGCUCUGUCAAAGAACGGCAACUACGCCGAGGCCAUCGCUAACUUGUUGGUGUUGACGGCGAUCUCGGGCAAAGACCCCAAGGAGUUUGUCGAGAAGCUGAAGGCGGCGGAGCCCCAGCAUCAGUUCCUCGUGGACCUGGAGGAGAAGAGCGCGCUGUUUGAUAAGGCGGCGACCAAGUACAGCGCCAAGGUGUCGGCGUAG